AUGUGGCCGUCGCCUCCUUGGCUGCUGGCGGGGCUGGUGCUGGCGGCGCGCUGCGGAGAGGCCGCGGUGGCUGUCCUCGGCGGCCCCUUCGUCUCCCCGCAGCCCACGGAGACAGCGGGCGGCACGACGCGGAGUAGCGGCGGGCGGCUGGCGGAGGUGUCGGUGCCGCCCGAGGAGGGCCAGCCCAUGACCCAGCGCGCCCUGUCCAUACUGCUGCUGGCCAGCGCCGCUCUCAUCGUCUACUUCGUGAUCCGGACGGUGCGGCUCAGAAGACAUAACAGGAAAACAAGAAGAUAUGGAGUUUUGGAUACAAACAUAGAAAACAUGGAGCUGACACCGCUAGAGCAAGAUGAUGAUGAUGAUGAUACAACACUAUUUGAUGCCAAUCAUCCUCGAAGAUUAGUACGUGCCUUGCAGUGAAAUAACUUAAUUCUUGAACCAGAUGAGACUGCUUCACACGAGGAAUAGGAAGCAAGAAGAUGUGUAAGCUGGGGAGAGGCUAAUUGAAACUUAGCAUACUGCAGCAUCCUCAGUUUGUUCCAUAAAUACUGUAUCAAUUUGUUGUACCUUCCUGUAUAUAGAAAAUUGUAAAGCCUGAGGAGAGAGGAUGCACUAAAACGAAAACCUAUUUGGAAGGGAGAUUACUUUUAAAACAGGGUAUUUUUUGUUUGUUCUAAAUCUUGUAUGCCUUAAGUGUGGUAUACAAUUUUUCUACAACAAUCUGGAAUGUUAACAGGUUUUUGGCUGAUAUUAAAUUAUAAGUAAACUUAACCUGUGUAGAUUACUCAGAAUUGUUAUAACUCAGUUUUAACUGAGGAGAUGCUUUACCCUUUGCAAAUAAAAAGCCAAACUACUGCCUUUCACGUUGAGAUUUUUUUUUUUAACUAAUAAAGUUGUUAUGUGUAAGUUUAAGUGAAAAAAUAAACCUGUUUACAAUGUU